GAUUACUAAGCAAGAAAAUUUUCCAGCUGCGAAGCAAUGAAGUAAUUGUGUAACACUUUCCUCCUCCGGGAAAGCUGCUGCUGCUGUGAAAUAAGGGAAGAUUCACCACCCACCAUCGCCGUUCUCGUGAUAAGAAUUGAGGGGAACCAUCGAAGCGCCUCAACAUGGUGAAAGAGUGUAGCGAAAUAGAAAAUCAUAAGUGAGUUUGCAUUUUUUCCGAUUUUUUUCCCCCGUGUGUUCAGCGAAAAGGGCGAGUCUUUUUGAGGGUGAAGAACUUCUAGCAAACGUCGUUAUCAGAGCUUCAGCUCUGUGUGAUGCGAAAACGGUAGUUUCGGGUGAGCUUCGAGCAUAAGUAGUGGGGAACAUAACAGUGCGCUGCUGGCAACAUAUGGAAUGGAAAAUUCAGCGACUAGAACGACAUUAGCAGCGGUGGCGUCAAUCGGCGAUCGUUGCAUAUCGAAACCGAAAGUGACGAAAUUCGGACGAACAAGUUUUGCCCGUGGAGUUCAUCAAUAUGCGGUGGCAGGUCUGAGAAGCAUCGACUGGAUUUAAUUGUAGCCAUCGAGUGGAUUGAAGCGUAAUAGAACACAAACACACAAACAACCGUGCAAAAUGAUGAUGGAGAUUCUGCGAUGGUUGCCAGGAGCUUGCGGUAGUCUGGGUCCAGCACUGAUUCCUCCAGCCCAUAUUGCAGUGCUGUGGUACUUCUGGCAGAACUACUCCCGCUAUGUGGAUAAACGAUUCUGCUCCUGCUCCUGUUGGGAUACGGUUUUCAAGGGAACCUACGAAUCGGGAAUCGCUUCCUACAAGCACAUGUACUUCAACGCAACCCAGAACACGAUGAAGAUGUGGCUGCUGAUCGUGAUCGGCGUCAUAUCGCUGUACGAAUGCACCAAAUAUCUAACCCAGCUGCUACUGCAAAACCGAGUCCGGUACACGAUGAUCGUCCUGUUUCUGCUGUCCAUCUUCUCCCACUACUACGCCUGGUGGGCCUAUCUGAACUAUUACAACGACGAGUACUACAAUCAGUGGAACCAUCAGCUGUUCUUCACGAUCACCGAACUCAUAUCAACCAGCUUCGUGCUGCAUCUGGCCAACGCGGAAAACGUGGUAACCUCACGCAAGACGCUCGCCAUCGUCGGCAUUGCCAUACUGCACAUCCUGGCCAGCGGAGUGGACCAGUUCAUAUCAAACGUGUUUCGCGGCGAAGGUUAUCCACAUCAGGUGGUCCGCGAUCUGGGCUUCAUGAUUCCGGACGUAAUGCACCUACUCAUUCCACUGUGGUUGCUGCGGCAGACGCGUAAGGAGAGCUUCAGCACGCGACCCUUCUACCGGGAUCGGAACCUCCGACGGGAUGUAGUGCUCAUGUUCGGCGUGGUAGCAGUAUUAUUUACGAUCUGUUCGUUUCUGUAA